GGCGGCUGUUUUGGGAUCCUAUGUUCGUAAAUUCUGACUUUUGCAUAUAUUCCCAGUUAUUCGUGGUAUAUUCAUUCAUUCUUCAUCUUUAUAACGUCUAAUGGUAAUAAGUAUUGUUCUAACACUCGUUAUUGUAUGUUAUCCGACUAUUGUGAUAGAUUCUGCUCAUUGGCAAUCGUUUUCUAUAACAAAUUAUUGGAUUAUUCACUCGACUAAUAUGAAACCACAAGUGCUGUAAUACGGCGUAGUAAAAACGGGAUAUUCAGAAGUGUUUUACGAUCCUAACCUUAUCACCAUACAUUGAUCACAACUUAUUAACUCGAUUAAAUAAAAAUAUUCAUUCUUAAAUCCAAUGCAAGAGUAUAAACUUGUUGUUCUGGGAAGUGGGGGUGUCGGAAAAAGUGCAUUGACUGUGCAGUUUGUACAAGGAAUCUUUGUGGAAAAGUAUGAUCCAACCAUUGAGGAUAGCUAUAGAAAACAAAUCGAGAUUGAUAACAGGCAGUGUAUGUUGGAAAUUCUUGACACAGCUGGCACGGAACAAUUCACUGCUAUGCGUGAUCUGUACAUUAAAAAUGGUCAAGGCUUUGUUUUAUGUUACUCAGUUACAUCACAAUCCAGUUUUAAUGAUCUACAAGGUUUGCAUGAACAAAUUCAACGUGUCAAAGAUGUUUCCAAUGUCCCACUUAUAAUUGUAGGAAAUAAAUGUGAUUUAGCAGAUGAACGAGUAGUUUGUCGUGAACAGGGUCAUGCGCUUAGUCGACAAUUAAAUUGUUCAUUUAUGGAAACAAGUGCCAAAGCUAAAAUUAAUGUGAAUGAAAUUUUCUUUGAUCUUGUCCGACAAAUCAACAAGCAAAUGCCACAAGUGAAACAGAAAACAUCGAAACGAAAAUGCCUAAUUCUCUAACUUUGGGUUUUUUAUUACUUGUUUUCUUUCUCGGUUCUCUUGUCUUAUUUUUCGUUUUUAUAACAGAACAACUACAAUAAUAAUUGGAC